AUGUCCCGCUACGAUCGCUACGAAUACCCCCCCUACGCCCACGGCGCCAGACACUCGCAAGAUCUCGUCCGGCAUCAAGACGACAGUACCGAGUCCGUCGAGGAGAUCCAGCGCGAUUACCCGCCUGGUGAAUACGACGAGUACGGGUACGGCCCUCCGCGCCGCACGAGGGUCACCACCGUGCGAGAUGGGGUGAGGCGGACGCAGUCGGUGAAUAGUUCUCCCAGGGGGACUUAUUACUAUGAAAGUACUCGGUAUGAGGGUGGAGGAGGAGGAGGAGGAGGUGGUGGUGGUCGUCGUCCUCGGGAAUCAAGAGAGUCAAGAGAGUUCAAAGAGUCCAGAGAGUCCAGAGAACCCCGCGAGUCUCGUCAUUCAAGACGAUACUACAAUGAUAGGUCAUCCAGAUACUCUUCUGCCAGUCGGUCACCGCCGCCCUCGUCUUCUCGUCGGUAUGGUAAGGGGUCAUCACGUCAUCACCGGUCUUACUCGUAUUCACCCUCGCCGACGCGCAGUAAGAGCAGGCACACCCGCGAGAAGGACGAGCGGAUUGCCCAGGCCGUCAAGGCCGCGUUGACUGCUGGUGCGGCCGAGGCGUUCCGUCUCCGCAACGAGCCAGGAGACUGGAAGGGUGCUAAAGGUCGCCGCAUCCUCACCGCUGCCAUCGCGGCAGGCGGCACGGACGGCAUCCUCGAUCGCAAUAAUCCCGAAAAGCACUCCACGCGGCAUAUCAUCGAGUCUACCCUUGCCGGGUUGGCCGCCAACCGUCUCGUGAAUGGGCCUCGUUCUCGCUCCCAGUCCCGCUCAAAGUCUCGUCACCGCUCCAAGUCGCGCGGCGGCAGCGGUGCCCUUAAGGAUGUCGCGGCUACGGGGCUACUCGCUGCUGCAGGCAAGGAGAUCUACGACCACGUGCGGAACCGGUCGCGGUCGCGGUCCCGUCCUGCGGGGGGACGCGGCCGCUCGAGUUCCCGGAAUAGCGGUGCCGGCGAUCACCGCGGCUCCUCGCGGCGCAGCAAGAGCGUGUCCGAAUACAUCAACAAGGGACUGGCAGCCUUGGGACUUGGCGAGAGCAGUAAGAAUAGCGACGCGGGCGGCAGACGAGACAAAGACAUGCAUGACCGUGACCAUGACCAUGACCGGCCGCGACGGCGGCAGCGGCGGCGUCACCUCAGUGACUCUGAAGACUCUGGCUCCUCCUGGAGCAGCGAUGAAGACUCUCGCGAUGACCGGGGACGAUCGAGGCGUGGUGAUAGGCAUCAUUCUCGAGAAGUAAUAUCCCCCAGCACAGGCUACUCGUCGACUGAAGGUGGCCGGGGCAAUUCCCGGCUGAAGAAGACGAAGAAGAAGAAUAAUGAUUCCCAUACAGACAGUGAUUCUGACCUAGGCGACAGUUCUGACGAGAAGAAACAAGACAAGAAGCUCCGGCGCGAUACUUUGCUGACCACGGGGCUGGCGACGGUGGCGACGAUCCACGCCGCCCACAGCGUGUACAAGGGGUACGAGGGACGAAAGAAGCGCAAGAAGGAGGUCGAGGAGGGGGAGAUGACGCCCCAGGAGGCACACAAGCUGCGCGUGCGGGCCAACCUCGCCGACGCCGCGAGCGUGGGCCUCGCCGCGCUGGGCGUCAAGGGCGCCGUCGGCGAAUGGAAGGAGGUUCUCGAGAAGAAACACGAGCGAGACCAUUACCAUGAGGAAUGUGCGCAUCGACAUGAGAAACGUUCGGCCCGGCGCUCCCAAAGCUCGGCCCGGCCCUCGCAAUCCUCCGCCCUGCAGCGCCGGAAUACUAGUCUCGACGGCGAUAGGCCUUUGUCGCAGGGGUUUCACUAUUACGAUGGCAAUCCUGCUAGUGUUCGCGUCUCCGUCGUUAAUCGCGUGUUCUGGACUCGAGACGAGACGCACAGGACGUGCGUGUGGCAUUCAGAGAAGUACCAGCCUUCUCCAUUCCUCCCAGCCCAACACCACAGCUUCGAUCUGACCAAGGUAUAUAUGAAGGCGAUGAUGCUCGAGUUUGCCACUGAUCAGCAAGAUCAUCCAUCAUCAUUAUUCUCCAUCCCUUGA